AUGACUACUGCAGAGGCUAUGGCUGAAAAAGCAAAAUGUCCUACAUUAGAGAUCACCAAGCAAGACUUUUUUCAAGAAGCAAAAACUCUCAUUGCCCAGCAUUAUGAGAAAAUAAAUGAGAAUAAAGUUCAAGGUACUUCUGUAAAUGUUUUUAGAAAGAAACACCAAAAACCGAAAUGUGGCAAAUACAUACCUUUGGAGAUUGACAAAAACGAAACACAUGAUGUGCUGCAAGAACAUCGGGCAGUGCUCAGAAGGAUUUGCUUUCCCAAGGAGCUUUCCAAAAGUGGACAUCUUCAGGAAUCCCUACCACCAAUCUCCUUCAAGGAACCACACAUUUUUAAUAGAAGAGAAAAAUGCAGGCCCAUAGAUCUAAUUACAAAAGGACAAGUUAAACUGGACAAAAUCAUGACUAAUAUUGAACCAGUGAGUAAGAAAAUGGAGACAGCAAAGCACAAGCACUUUGAGAAGUCCAGGUAAUAUAUACCUUCAUGUUUUGGAAACAGAAUGUUGGAAUCACUCUCUCCCUUUCCUGUCCAUCUUUACUUACGACCUGGGACCUCUACCUUGGAGCUUCUGAAAGAACCUGACAAAGUGUUCUAUGACUGGAGAGGAUUUGUGCCGACAAGGUCUUUCCAUUUGGCUUGUGACUUCGGUCAAGUUAGUUUCUCUCAAUCAUCAUCAAUAUUUCGGCAUUAUUAUAAUGUAACUUUUAAAACCUUUAUUAAAAAGGAGCAACAACCUAUCAAGCCAGAACCACAAUCACAACCCAGGAUAAAAGGCACUCCAAGUAAACCUGAUAAACUUGACAGUAAAGUUAAAAGAAUUGGACCACACAUAGAAAUCUUCCAAGUGUUCCGAGGAAGAAAAAAAUUCAUGAUUACCAGAAAAUUGAUUAGAAUGAUCACCAUCAUGCAGGCACAUGUCAGGGGGUGGCUUGAACGCAAAAGAUUACAAAGAGUAAUGACCAAGGCUUUGUAUCAUGGACCAGAUGUGAAAGCAGUUAUUAACAUGUAUAGCAGACUAAUCCACCGUGUUCGAUAUCGACAUGGUCUUUGGAGGACAAGACAAAUUGUCAACUUAGCAGAGCUAGAGGAAUGGAUGGACCGAAAAAAAUUCUAUGAAAUAAUGUUUACUAAGAGAGAAGAUUGGCAAAAAAUAGAAAGAAGUGAGCUACCCAGUUUCUUCAGUGACUGUGGUCAUUUCCCAACUCAGAAACAAAUUGAUGAUACUUGGGACCUGGUCCAUCAAGAUGGCAAAGAAAAAUAUUCUGAACUAAUCAAAAAGUCCAAAGCAAUUGAAAUGUUAUUUACACUCUAUCCUCCUGAAGGCGCGAACGUGCCUAACAGUACACGACUCAAGUCAACUUGGUUGAGACCCAUAGUAAAUGGGGAAGAAGGAUAUAGAUACAUAGUGAACGGACAUCCAAUACUCAAACGAGCUAACAUUCAGGCUGUUGGAAAGUUGGUGGCCGGAUCCAUAAGAGAAAGGAAAAUGAGACAACAUUAUAAGUCACGAAAGGUUGAAUAA